AACGAGAACUUCUACUUCUGUACUUCUCUGUCCCCUCCCAAAUGUGGGCCCUGCGGGCUCACUACAGCUCCUGUUUUCCCACGAACACAAGCACACAACCUGCACAUCCCCUAGCUAUGGGGUGCCCACACCCGACAUCGAGGGGUACAAGGCGGGUAACCCAAAGGCCUGCCACGAGCAGUUGGUGUCCUUGAUCGCGGCGAAUCCACCACCGGAAGAUGGCACCAGCAACGAUGUGGCGCGUGCGUUCGCCUUUGAAGUGGCCGCCGGAGUCGGAGCAGAGUGUUGCGAUCAUUCCACUGCUCCCGAGCCCAUGCCUAGCAUGAAAGCCGCAGCAGCCAAGGUAGCCGCUGCGGAGCACCCGGGUUUGUGUGGCGUGUACCACGCCCACAUCAUAGCGGCCGUCAAGAUCCAGGACGUGCUAGCACGAUCGGGCUCAACGGCGGCAAACAAGUACCGCAAUCAAGCUUGCUACGACGGGGAGAUGGCCAUGAACGCCCGUGGCCAAGGAGUGCAGCUGAAGAGAGAGGAGUGUUUCACGCACCCUUGCCGUGCGUUGUGGCCUGGAAGCGGCGAAUCGGACGCCUCUGUGGUUGAGGCGUUCUCGAGUUAGUAGUGGCAGCCGUCCCUCGCAAGACCUACAUAAUUUGACAUGUUGGCGUGUGGCAAAGUACUGUAGUUGGUGUGUUCAACGUCGCGCCUAAGGCGCACUGCUUUUGUAUCAGGGUCAAAGGCCAAAUGUUUUUGUCGUUGGUCAUGCUUUCUCGCCGCAGCAUUGGUCUCAGGAGCUCCGCGUUCCUGUGGGGGUGCCGAGAAAUACCGACCCUGUCUCGAUUUGUGCUUGGAAUGACCCGGUCUCGACUGCUUGUGCUUGGAAUGGAGAACUACAAGUCCGCGGGAAAUGUGCCUAUUAAUAGGCAGUUUCAUGUGUUACCUCCCCGCCCCCCGCCCCCGCACAUGAAGGUACCCGUUGGCAAGGUUGUGAAGGUUGCAACAGCCCCUGGGCGACUACACCCCGGUCUAGUAGGGUACAAAGGUUGAAGCAAUUUCGUUGUCUUGAUUGGUUAUCUGUCUUAUCAUGUUGGUGUUUGUUGGGAGCUCGUGCCGGCGGGAGUUAUCGAGCUAUCGGCUGAUUUGUAAGUUGUCUUUGCCACACAUGACGCCAGCUAUGUCUGGCGGGUGGGGGGCGUUUUCUUGUGUUGUCUGAUUUUGUUCGCUUUGUUACCCAAAUACUUUGAGAUGCGUGUGCCCUUGGUGGGGUUUUUGGCCUGUGACCAUGGCAGGCGUUCGAGCCAGACGGGUACGGAUGUCAGACAGUACUGAGCGGAGGCUGCAGCAUGUUUUUUCUUUUCAUUUGAAGAACUACGAAAUAAUAAAGAACAACGUUUUUACGAUCAUUUUUUCCGAGUAGUGUUAGUGCAAACAACCAUGUUCGAAGCAUGAGACGAUGCAUGCUCGUUCAACCUAACCAUAUGCAUCGCCACGAACGGCAUGUCGAACAGCAAACUGUGCGCAUGCUUGGCAGACACAACGUCAAAACAGAGGAUAGGCUGUAGUCAUGAACGCAUAAAUGUGUGUUGUUCCAUCAAGAUGGGCGCCGGUCUUUACACCUUUCCACAAUUGUUUCAAAAUAGUUGUUCUUCGCCCCAUCCGUGAGCAGCGAACGAUACAUGACACUGAACACCUUUGCGUUCGUCACGCUUCAAGCGCCGAAACGUUGACUGACAAAAUUACACAUCAAGUGGCCUACGAACAGCACCAAAGGCAGCAAACUGCAAACCCAAAAGCCGCAACACUGCUGCCGUGGAAGUCCAGAAGCACUAAACUAGUUGCACCACCUCGCAAUAACUUGCGUUACUUCCUGUUGCUCUGAAACCUAUCAGUAAAUACGAAACGUCGUACCGGCCGCCAUCCCCAACCAUGUAGGUAACACUUGACCACUCAGUCCUGAUUCCAAAUUAUCGUGCUUAGUCGAAGUUAUGGACAACUCAAAUCGUGUAGGGCUGUGUAUGCCCACACACUGCAGACAACAGACACAUAGACGCGCUGCGUGGGGAUAGCUACAUACUGAAACCUCACGAGUUGAGUGAUGUUGGAUUGUGCCGGACACAUAGACGCGUUGAGUGAGGAAAAACACAUACUGAAAACUCACAGGUGAUUUGUAUUGGAGAUUGCCGGACACAUAGACGUGUUGAGUGAGGAUAGCUGCACACUGAAACCUCACAGAUGGAUUGUUUGCCAGACACAUAGACGCGCUGAGUGGAGAUAGCUACAUACUGA